AUAUUAUUCAGCAACCCAUACCUACCCAACAACUUUGGCGGAAUUUCGUACACGUGGAAAUUAUCCUCUCAGUCUCUUCCAUAGGCACUUAAAAUCAAUACAUUUCAACUAUUUCAUCUAUGGAUUCUAUAAACAGUUCAUGCGUCAAAACAGAAAUGUCUUGUAAUGAUGUUAACCAGCAUAUUGUGGUUGGUGUGUGCUCAACAACACAGCAAUCAAUCAAAAUAGAAAAUACCUCUGUAUGCAAUCAGAACAGUUUCCUGAGCAGUGACUCAUAUAAAAUGAGCUGUAAGGAUAAUACAGAGAGCAUCCAACAAGUCAAUGGUAACACAGAAGGCGAUGAUAGCAGUGUCCCUCAGUUAUUAGAUUGUAGUGACUCGGUGAACUUUGGCUGUAUAGUUUGUAUAAAGUGCAACACAUGGUUUGAUUGUGAAUAUGACUUGGCAGUUCAUGAUCAAACAAUGCAUCUUUUAAAUGAAUCUGCUCAACAGUCAGCUCAAAACUGUCAAUCAACCAUGAGCAAUGACCAAAACACAGCAUCAACAUCUAAUAAUAGAAUCCUGUCCCUUGAGAUGCCAGGAGAUGUCCCAGUAAACUGUGCAGGGAAUGAAGCAAUACACAAUCAAGAUGAAUUUUUUGAAUGUCCAUAUUGCCAUAAAACCUUUAUUUGUCAGAGUCAAUUGGAAGCUCAUUAUAGAAUUCACAGUGCAGAGAAACCAUUCCAAUGCUCAGUUUGCAAAAGAGGUUUUUCGAGAAAGCACGACAUGAAAAGGCAUUGCCAAAUUCACAGUGGUGAAAGACCAUUCCAUUGUAAAAAAUGUGGAAAAUCUUUUGCUCAAAAAUCCUCUUUAACUUAUCAUGUCAAGACACAUGAAGAAGAAAAGAAAUUCAAAUGUGGUCUUUGUGAAAGAGGAUUCAUGACAAAGUUUGUAUUGGAAAGGCACCAACAAACACACAAGAAGGCAUUAACAUGUGAACUUUGUAGUGAAUCAUUUCUUCACAUUAAGUCUUUCAAGGAACAUCAUGAGCUAGUCCAUAAUAACAAGAAACCAUUCAAAUGUGAAACAUGCCAGAAAAGUUUUGCAGAUAGAAAUCAUUUAUCAGAUCAUUGUCGGAUACACACAGGUGAGAAGCCUUUUAAGUGCAACAUUUGUGAUAAGCGCUUCAGAGUCAAGAGUUAUGUGGCUCUCCAUAAAACAAUGCACAGCAGUGAGAAACAGUUCGAAUGUCAAAUAUGUAAGAAAUCAUUUUCAAGAAAAAAAUCAUUAAAGGUGCAUACAUUUACUCAUCUUGAAGAAAAGCCUUUCAAAUGCAAAAUAUGCAACCAAGGAUUUACCCAAAGUAGUGCCCUGUCCAAACAUAAUAUGGUGGUACACGAUGGAUAUAAACCUUUCAAGUGUUCAACCUGUGAUAGAGCAUUUGGCUUAAAAAAGGAUUUGAAAAACCAUUAUCUUACUCACUCAGGAGAAAAACCAUUUUCCUGUGAAAUUUGUGGAAAAGGUUUUACACGUACCAGUACAUUAAAAGUGCAUCAUAGAAUACACACCGGAGAGAGGCCAUUCCAAUGUGAUGUUUGUGGGAAAACAUUUGCAGAAAAGAAUAAAGUUACAAAACAUAAAAAACUCCACAGUGGUGAGAAGCCAUUUCAGUGUCAUAUCUGUGAGAAAGCUUUUGUAAUCAAGUCACGAUUAAAUCAUCACAUGAAAAUUCAUAGUGAUGUACGACCAUUCAAAUGCGAAGUCUGUGAAAAAGGAUUCUUACAAAAAGGUAAAUUAGAAGUUCAUAGGAGAAUUCACACUGGGGAAAAACCAUUUGAAUGCUCAACUUGUGGAAAAGCUUUUGCAGUCAAAAUACGAUUAACAAAUCACAUAAAACUUCACACUGGUGAACGGCCAUUUAAAUGUGACAUUUGUGAUAAGGGUUUUGUACUAAAGGAAAAGUUACAAGUGCAUAGAAAAAUUCACACUGGAGAGAAACCAUUUAGAUGCUCAACUUGUGGGAAAGCUUUUGUAGUAAAGGAUCGAUUGAAUUAUCACAUGAGAAUUCAUGAAGAAGAACUGCCAUUUAAAUGUGAAGUGUGUGGAAGAGGUUUCAUGCAAAAGAAUACCUUAGAAGAACAUAAAACAAUUCAUGAUAAGGAAUGCAACACCAAUUUAGAUGAGUUUGCUGUGAAGACACAAUUAACAAAUCUUGACCUGAACAAUGGAGAGCGUCCAUUUAAAUGUGAAGUGUGUGAAAAAGGUUUUGUACGAAAGGAUCACUUAAAAGUUCAUAGAAGAAUUCACACUGGAGAGAAACCAUUUAAAUGUGACACAUGUGGGAAAGCCUUUGCCGUCAAGUUACGAUUAACAAAUCAUGUAAAACUUCACACUGGUGAACGGCCAUUCAAAUGCGAAGUAUGUAAUAAAGGCUUUAUAAGAAAGGAUAAGUUGACCAAUCAUAAGUUAACACACACCGGAGACAAACCAUUCAAAUGCAAUUUGUGUGAGAAGGCUUUUUCAAUAAAAUGGAUAUUAAAGGAACAUCAUAAACGAGCACAUCCAACAGAAAUCAAAUCCACUUUGAAUGAGAAAACUGCAUCAAAAAAGGAUUUCAUAAGAGACAACAAAGAAAGGUUGUUUACAUGUUUAAAGUGCAGAGCAUCUUUCAUCACAAGCAAAGGUUUGCAAAGGCACCAACACCUUCACAAUGGAAAGAAACAAUUUCAAUGCGAAUUAUGCAGUAAAGUGUUUAUAUUUGAAAGAAGUUUGACAAGUCAUAAGAUAGCACACACCGGCAAGAAACCAUUUCAGUGUAUCACAUGUAAUCAAGCAUUCACACAUAAGAGUGCCCUGAUGAUACACACAGAUAUGGUGUGCAAGAAAGCUAGUUAAUGUUCUUGAAUACACCUUUUUCCUGUUCAAU